GAUUGGAUUGCCUAAGAAGCGCUUGAGUCCGUACAAACGGAAAGUGAAACGGUAGUGUUGUGCAAAAAAAAAAAAUUAAACAAAUACACCAAAGUAUUGUGAACUGUUAAAAAGAAUCUAAAAAAGGAUAUAUCCUAUAAGAUCCUGAAGGAUAAAAAAAAAACAACAAAUAAUUAAAAGCACUUUUUGUGUAUUUAGAAAAGCAAAAUUAAACAAUUAUGAUAAAUUAAAAAAAAUCGAGUAUUUAUUAGUCUACAAAAUAUCCAUUUUAAGGAUAAUCAUUUAUUUUUAUAAUGUUCAAACUUUGUGUUUAUAUUGGUGCCCUGGCAUUAUUGGGCUCAGUUUUGGCUAAUGUGGAUGACGGCGAUAUUGUGGUUACCGAGGAUAUAAACCCCUUGGAAAUUUUGCAAGAGGCUCAUGACAAAGAACGUGAUGAACGUGGCGUUUUCGAUAUGUUUAAGAAAAAGGAAGCUCCCGCAGUUGCCACCGCCCAAGCUUCUUCGUCCCUAACCAAUGCCGGCUAUGGCUAUAAAUCAUCUGCUUAUAGUGCAUCUAGCAGCAGCUCGAGCAGUAGUAGCUACGGCGGUUAUGGCAGCAGUUAUGCCAGCAGUAGUUAUGGUCUUAAAUCUGGUGGGGCUGGAGGUUAUGGUGCCAAUGUCGGUUUAGAUGUUGCUGGCUAUGGUGCCGGCUUAAAUUUAAAUUUAGCUGGUGGUAACUCUGGUUAUGGUUCGUCUUAUAGCGCUGCAAAUACUGGAUAUGGUGGAAACACAGGCUACAGCUCGGCCAAUACCGGAUAUGGCUCAGCGAAUACUGGUUAUGGAUCGUCCAAUUAUGGUAUUAAAACUUAUCCUAGUCGUACUGGUACUAGCCAAAGUCGCUACAAUUAUGGCCACUAUACGUAUGGAAGCCCACGCACUAAUAUGUACAAAGGACAACAGACACAUAACAAUUUUCUACAAUACGAAAGACGUUCCCAGCUGCCUGUCUAUGGUGCAUGUUUGGCCUAUUCACUGCCUAACAAUGUGCAGCAUACCUGUCGCGCUGAACAAUGUGAGGUCUCAUGUCCCCCCUUGUACACCUUUCCCAAUGGCAAGACUAGCCUAAAAAUGGUUUGUAUUGGGGAUGCUUGGAUAAUACGAGAUUCGGAAUAUGUUAGUGUGCCACCAUGUCAGGCUACUUGUAAUCCACCCUGUCAGAAUAACGGUAUUUGCGUGGAAGCUGGUAUGUGCAAAUGUCCUGACAACUUUUCAGGACCAUUGUGUCAAAACAAAAGAUCGGUGUGUACCACAAAAGUGCCGGUGCCAAAGAACUCCAAAGUUAGCUGUACCAAUGGAAUUUGUAAUGCCGAAUGCUUUCGAGGCUUUCAAUUCCCCGAUGGCAGCACCAUUACCAACAUUGAGUGCCAAGAUGACAAAUGGAUACACAAGAAAUCCGGCCUUACCAAACCUCCAGAUUGUGGUCCCAUUUGUGACCCUCCUUGUGCCAAUGGUGGUCGUUGCAUAUCCUUUAAUGUCUGCCAAUGUGCCAAAAAUUAUCGCGGUGACCAUUGCCAGCAUGGCAUUAGUGCCUGUAAUGUGACCAAAACAAAUUUCAAUGGCAAUUAUAAAUGUGCAUAUGACAAUGAUGUGGCCAAAUGUACCUUCCUAUGCCCAGAAGUUCCCGGUUUAAAAGUCGAAGGACGUUUGGACAUUGAGUACAAAUGCAAAUAUGAAGAAGGUGUAUUCUUCCCUUCACCAUUACCCAAAUGCAUAUAUCCUCCUGGUUAUACCAUUCGCCAAGGUUCCAGAACUUCUCACUAUACAGGAUCCCAAGCCUAUACCAAAACUGGCUCGAGCAGCUCCUAUGGUUAUCAAUAUAUGUCGGAACGUGAGAAGAUAUUUGCCAUUAUAGCACGAUAUAAGGAAUAUGAUUCGAAGAGUGAAUGGUGGUCCUCUGAGGAGACUCAUGUUACCCCCAGCAGUUAUUCCUUGUAUGAGAGUGAGGAUAUCAAUGUCAUGAUUGAUCGCACCCCUAAGGCAGCAUUUUGUACUUCAUGGGGUGGAAUUAAUAUGAAGACCUUUGAUGGUUUGGUAUUCAAAGCUCCACUGUCCUGCUCUCAUACCCUGAUAACAGACAAAGUAGAUGCCACAUUUGAUAUAACCUUAAAGGGAUGUCCCUUUGGCUCUGGCUAUGGUUGCAGCCAUACCAUCAUAGUCUACUGGCAAUCGGUUUUGUAUACCUUCAAAAAUCUAAAUGGCACUGUGGUCUUGGAAACUCCCACCAAAAAGCUACCCAUACCCGUACAGGUAAUGGGUAUGAAAGUUGUUCCAGUGGCCCAACAAAUACAAAUUGAUCUGGAAUCAAUUGGUUUGAAAAUUGAUUGGGAUCGUCAUCAGUAUGUGGGUGUUCACGCCAGUCCUGCUUUGUGGUCUCGGGUGGGUGGCCUCUGUGGUUCUUUAGAUGGUGAUUACAAAAAUGAUCUCAUGACAAAGACUGGCAAAAUUGUACAAACUGUGAAGUCGUUCACUGAUUCCUGGAGGGUCGAAGAUAAUUCAGAGCUUUGUGUUAUGGAGAAUAGUGCCGAAGUGCAGUUUGAUUCCAAGAAUUGUGAUCCCAAUAAACGUAAACAGGCCAUAUCGGUAUGUGAACGUUUGCUGACCAAUGAGAAAUUGGGCGAUUGCAUAAAGGCCUUUAAUUUUGAGGCCUUGAUAAGGACCUGUGUGGAUGAUUAUUGUAACUGUGCUAAUCAAGCUCAUCCAGAGACCUGUAAUUGUGAUGCAUUGUCCAUGUUGGCCAAGGAAUGCAGCUUUAAGGGUGUAAAGCUGGAACAUGGCUGGAGAAAUUUGGAGAUAUGUCCCAUCAGCUGCGGCUUUGGUCGUGUCUAUUUGCCCUGUGGCCCCGAUGUGGAGCCCACCUGCGAAUCCUCUGUAACACCCACCAAAGGCAAAUGCAAUGAGGGUUGCUUUUGUCCCGAGGGCACAGUACAAUACAAGGAUGUCUGCAUUACGCCCGAAUUAUGUCCCUGCUCCAUGCGAGAUCGUGAAUUUAAGCCCGAUACAGAGAUACGAAAACACUGCAAUACCUGCACCUGCAAAAGUGGUCAAUGGAAAUGUACCGACAAGAAAUGUGGUGCUCGUUGUGGAGCCAUUGGCGAUCCCCAUUAUCAAACAUUCGAUGGUCGUCGUUUUGAUUUCAUGGGCAAAUGUUCCUAUUAUCUGUUGAAAACCUCCAAUUUAUCAGUGGAGGCAGAAAAUGUUGCCUGUUCGGGGGCCAUUUCGGAAAAUUUAAAUUUUGCUGCCGCUGAAAAUCCCUCCUGCACCAAAUCGGUGACUGUGAAAUUUGUACAGAAAAAUGGUGUGGCCACUAGCAUUAAACUGGACCAGGGAUUGGCGGCUCAAAUCAAUGGCAAAGAGUUGACCAAAUUUCCCAAAAUAUUGGGAUCCGGUGAGGUAUUGAUUCGACGUGCCAGUUCUUCAUUCAUCACUGUGGAAUUCCCCGAUGGCAUACGAAUAUGGUGGGAUGGUGUUUCGCGAGUAUACAUAGAUGCUCCUCCUUCCUAUAGGGAUCAGACUUCAGGUCUUUGCGGCACCUUCAAUUCAAAUACCAUGGAUGAUUUCCUUACCCCCGAAGGUGACAUUGAAACUGCCGUAGAACCCUUUGCAGAUAAAUGGCGUACCAAAGAUACCUGCGAUUUCUUAACCGAAACUGGUAUAACCCCUCAUCCCUGUACUGCAAAUCCUGCCAAGAGGGCAGAGGCUGAGAAGCAUUGUAAUUGGAUUAUGGAUGAUAUCUUCCAAGAUUGUCAUUGGUCAGUGGACACAGAACAAUACUAUCAGGACUGUUUGUAUGAUGUUUGCGCAUGUAAAGAUGAUCCAGCCAAAUGUUUCUGCCCUAUUUUGUCUUCUUAUGGCACAGAAUGUAUGCGUCAAGGCAUUAAGACGGGUUGGCGAAUGGCUGUAAAGGAAUGUGCUGUUAAAUGUCCUUUGGGUCAAAUCUACGAUGAAUGUGGUGACAAUUGUGCCCUUACCUGUGAAGAUCUACCUACCAAGGAUACCUGUGCCAAGGAGUGUGUCGAAGGUUGCCGCUGUCCCCAUGGCGAAUAUCUAAAUGAACAAAAUGAGUGUGUGCCUCAAAGUAAAUGCCAUUGUUCCUACGAUGGCAUGACAUUCAGGCCGGGCUAUAAAGAAGUGCGACCUGGUCCCAAAUUCCUUGACUUAUGCACCUGCAUCAAUGGCCUGUGGGAAUGUGAAGAGGCUGAGCCGGGCGAUGAUAAAAACUAUCCUCCCUCGUCGGAGUUGCGAGCGGAAUGUGCCAGUCGUCCCUAUGCCGAGUUUACCAAAUGUGUUGCCAAAGAACCCCAAACCUGCAAGAAUAUGCACGUAUACAAAGCCGAUAUGGAUGAGUGCGUGCCGGGAUGCCAGUGCAUGGAGGGUUAUGUGUACGAUACUGCAUUGAAAAUGUGCGUUUUACCCGAAAAAUGCUCAUGUCAUCAUGGUGGCAAAAGUUAUAACGAUGGCGAAAAAAUUAGAGAGGAUUGUAAUACAUGUGUGUGUCAAGCGGGUAAUUGGAAAUGCUCCUCGAAUGGCUGUGAAUCCACUUGUUCUGUGUGGGGUGACUCGCAUUUUACCACUUUCGAUCAUCAUGACUUUGACUUCCAGGGUGCCUGCGAUUAUGUUCUGUCAAAAGGUGUGGCCAACAAUGGCGAUGGCUUUUCCAUUACCAUACAAAAUGUUCUAUGUGGCACCAUGGGUGUUACCUGCUCCAAGUCGGUGGAGAUCUCGCUGACGGGGAGUGUGCAGGAUACUUUGAUAUUGGCGGGAGAUGCCUCCUAUCUGGAUGAUCCCAGCAAAUCCAUAAUGAACAAAAUACGCGAUACUGUCAACACCAAAGCCCAUGGCGCCUUCCAUGUCUAUAAGGCCGGUGUUUUCGUGGUGGUUGAAGUUUUGCCUUUGCAUUUGCAAAUCAAAUGGGAUGAAGGUACUCGUGUCUAUGUCAAGCUGGGCAAUGAAUGGAAAAACAAAGUUAGCGGCUUAUGCGGCAAUUAUAACGACAAUGCCAUGGAUGAUAUGAAAACUCCUACUCAAGCCUUGGAGACAAGUGCCUUGACAUUUGGCCAUUCUUGGAAGGUACAACAGUACUGUGCUAUGCCCACUGUGCCCAUAGAUGCAUGCAAAGAACAUCCUGAACGUGAAACUUGGGCUCAAUUGAAAUGUGGAAUUCUGAAAUCGAAUCACUUUAAGGAUUGUCAUGCUGAAGUGCCGGUGGAAAAAUACUUGAAACGUUGCAUAUUCGAUACCUGUGCCUGUGAUCAAGGUGGCGACUGUGAGUGUCUUUGCACCGCUGUGGCAGCAUAUGCCCAUGCCUGUUCGCAAAAGGGCAUACAAAUUAGAUGGCGUACACCACAUUUCUGUCCCAUGCAAUGUGACCCCCACUGUUCGGAAUAUAAAUCCUGUACUUCUGCUUGUCCCGUUGAGACUUGUGACAACUUCCUACAAUUGGGCGGUGAACAAAUGUGCAAGGCCGAAAAUUGCAUAGAAGGUUGUCAGAUCAAAACCUGCGAGGAGGGUUUAAUCUAUCUCAACGAUACCUAUAAGGAAUGUGUACCGAAGUCGGAAUGUAAGCCAGUGUGCAUGAUUACGGAUGGCAUCACCUACUAUGAGGGCGAUAUCACCUACCAGGAUGAAUGCUCCACCUGUCGCUGUUCGAAGAAGAAAGAGAUUUGCAAUGGGGUGAAAUGUGCAGAGGAGUUGAUAACACCCAAUCCCGUAAUCGAUGGAACUACACUGAAGCCGUUGAAGACAGAAGAACAAACCAAAUGUGUCAAAGGCUGGACAAGAUGGUUCGAUGAUGAUCCUUAUGCUUCAAAUAAUGUCAUACGUCUGGACGACUCGGAGAAAUUGCCUCGCUAUGAUCGCAUGGAAUCCAUUUAUGGUACUUGCAAAAAAGAGUUUAUGAAGAAAAUCGAAUGCCGUGUGGUUAAUACCCAUGAAUCUUCGGAAUUUAUGGAUGAGAAUGUGUUCUGCAAUUUACAAAAUGGCCUCAAUUGUGUCGGAAAUUGCCAUGAUUAUGAGAUACGUGUCUUCUGUGAAUGUGAUGCUGUGGCAGAAACAACUCCUAAGCCUACUGAGAAACCCGAAAUUGGUUUAGCUUGUGAUAGUGUCAUUUCUGAGUACAAAGAAUUCCCGGGAGAUUGUCACAAGUUCUUGCACUGCCAGCCAAAAGUUGAUGGUAGCUGGCAUUAUGUGGAGAAGACCUGCGGUGACUCCAUGAUGUUCAAUCCCAUAAUGUUUGUUUGCGAUCAUAUAGCUACAGUGCAAGAGUUGAAACCGAUAUGCGGCAAGAAAGAUGAUAGCGGAGUCUUGGGUCUUUUGUGUCCUCCGAACACUGUGUGGUCGGACUGUGCCAAUCAGUGUGAGCGUACAUGUCACUACUAUGGACAGAUCCUUCUCAGACGUGGUCUCUGCAAAGAGGGUGAACAUUGCAAAGGCGGUUGUGUGCCUUCCAAACGUACUGAAUGUCCUCCCGGUAGAUUCUGGCGUGAUGAAAACAAUUGCGUGGAAGCUGAUGCUUGUCCUUGUAUGGAUAGCUCGGAGAAAUAUGUUCAACCCCAUAUGCCCUUCGUGGGCGAAUGGGAAGUUUGCCAGUGUCUGGAUAAUGCCUACACUUGCUUGCCCAAUAAACUAGAGGAUAAUCGUCCCCAACCACCUCCCAGGGUUAAUAGUCUAGAUCCAUUUGAUGUCUUCCCUACCACCAUUUCGCCACCAAAGAAAUGCAAUCCCGAGAACAUGAUUCCUGUCAUCGAAGGUGAAGUACCUCUACCAGAUACCAUAUUUAAGGCCAACAGUUCUUUGGGUCCCAACUAUGUGCCGUCAAAGGCUCGGUUAUUGGAAACUUCCAAAGAAAAUGCUGGAGCUUGGUCACCUAUGAUCAAUGAUCAGAAUCAAUAUUUGGAGAUAACACUACCAGAACCGGAACCCUUGUUUGGUGUUAUCAUGGCUGGCAGCCCGGAUUUCGAUAAUUAUGUGACUUUGUUCAAGAUCUACUACAGCAAUGAUGGUGAAGCCUACCAUGCCCUCAACGAUGAAACCGAUAAACCACAAUUAUUCAAUGGACCCCAUGAUUCACGUACACCGGCCAAGACCCUUUUCAAAAUACCCAUCGAAGCAAAAACAUUGAAAAUCUAUCCUUUGAAAUGGCAUGGCUCCAUAGCUAUACGUGUGGAACUGUUGGGUUGUGGUCACAUAGAGACUACCACCGUUAAACCCAAGAUCACUCCCAUUACAGAACAUCCCAUACAUUUGAUAGAUGAUAUACAGUGUACCGACAAAAUGGGUGUGGACAACAAUGAGAUGAGUCCCAAUCAAGUGAAGGCCAGCACCAUAUGGCAACUGCCCAAGCCUGCGAAGAAACCUCAGCUAUUGGAUUUGCUUAAACUAUCAUCUCCUGUAGGCUGGAAACCAGCUCUCAAUACACCCAAUGAGUACAUAGAAUUUGACUUCUUGGAGCCACGUAAUGUCUCGGGAUUCAUAACCAAGGGUGGACCUGAUGGCUGGGUCACUGGCUAUAAAAUUAUGUACUCCAAGAACAAAUUGAUAUGGAACAAAGUUUUGGGUAAUGAUGGCCAACCGCGAAUCUUUGCCGGUAAUCAUGAUAAGGAUACCGAACAUGCGACCUAUUUCAAGACGCCCAUAAUGACACAGUACAUAAAAUUGGUGCCUGCCAAAUAUGAGAAUAACAUUAAUAUGCGUGUGGAACCGGUGGGAUGUUUCAAGAAAUAUCCUAUUGUAAAACAGAAUAUCGCCGUCCAGGAAGUUAUAAAGACCAGCAAAUGCUUUGUAUGCGAAGGCAUUUUGGACUCUUCUCUCACAGAUGGCAAUUGCAAGUGCAAGGAUAACUUAUUCUGGGACGGCAAUAAAUGUGUACAAAGUAAUUUGUGCCCUUGUGUGGAGAAUUAUAUCACCUACCCCAUUGGCUCCACUUUUGAAAAUGAAUUGUGUGAAGAAUGCACCUGCGUCUUGGGUGGUCAUAGUAGCUGUAAACCCAAGAAAUGUCCUCCCUGCAAGGAGCCUGAUCAACGUCCCAUUGUGGGUACAGGCUGUUAUUGCAAAUGUGAGCCAUGUCCCAAACAUCAACGUUUGUGUCCUUCAAGUGGUGAUUGCAUUGCCGAGGUGUUAUGGUGCAAUGGCAUUAAGGAUUGUGCUGAUGAUGAGGAUAAAACCUGCUCCAAUGUUAUACUGGUUAACAAUAAGCCCAAUAUUACCUCUACUGAAUCUGAAAUUAUUUCUUGUCCUGUUCCUGAAUGUCCUCCAAAAAUGAAAAUGAAGAUCACCGAAAAGAAACAGAGGAAAAUGUCCAGCAUGUUCUCAUCCACCUUCACUAAAAAGGUCACCGUUAAUCGCGGUGAAGAUGGCCGCUUAACUAGAACCAAAGUUAUCACCUCCUCCGAGGAGUUCCUUGGUAAACCCACCGAAGAAUUGGAUAUGGUACAUGAAGAUGAUUGUGCUGAAUUUACCUGUGUGCCCUUGAAGGAGGUGGUGGUUUCGAGAAAUGAAACCAGAAGCUGUCCUCCACCUGCAUGCCCUGACAAAUAUAUGGUCGAGUUGGAUAUGUCCUCGGUGAAACCAGGAGAUUGUCCACCCUACGCCUGUAUUUUAAAACCCAAUAAGGAUGAUUUCUGUGAGAUAAGCGGCAAAGUGUUUAGGACAUUUGAUGGCACCGAAUUCAACUAUGAGACCUGCAGUCAUAUAUUAGCAAGAGAUUUAUUGAAUUCAUCGUGGGUCAUAUCGGUUCAUCUUGAAUGCACCGAUGCCACACGCAAAGUCUGCCGCAAAACAAUUACUAUCAAGGAUGCCGAACGUGGUGCCACACUCACCAUUUUACCCAAGAAACGUUUGAAUUUCAAUGGAUUCGAGUACACCGUUCCGCAAUUGAUAAAUUCGCCUAUUUGCAAGGCUUCAUUUGUUGUCUCACAGGUGGGUGAUACGGUGAUGGUAGUGUCACCAGAGAAUGGUUUUUGGGUACGUUACGACGACAUUGGCUAUAUUAGGAUAGGCGUUUCAUCGAAAUUCAUUAAAACUGUUGAUGGUUUGUGCGGUUACUACGAUGGCAACGCCAGCAAUGACAAACGUACGCCCGACGGUGUUCAAAUGUCAAAUACGGCGAAAUUCGGUGACAGUUGGUUUGACAAUAAAACACCCAAGGAUCAAUGCUAUCCUCAGACAUGCCCAUUGAAAUUGCGCACUCAAGCUUUGACGUUGUGUAACUCAAUCAAAUUUGAUGAAUUUAUCAAUUGCAAGAAAUCGGUCAGUUAUAAGCCCUUCGCCACCAAAUGUGUGGAGACCACAUGCGAAUGCCUUAAGGUGCACAAUGGCGAUGUUAAGAAGUGCAGAUGUAACCUAAUGGAAGAUUAUGUUAAACAGUGUUUGACCGUAAAUCCCCAUGUGAAAUUGGAUACAUGGAGGGCUAAGCAUCAAUGUGAAAUUGCCUGUCCUGCUCCAUUCGUUCAUUCGGACUGCUAUAAACGUCGCUGUGAACCCUCUUGUGAUACUUUGAACACCGAUGAUUGUCCCGUGUUGGGUGAUGCCUGCUUUGCCGGUUGUUAUUGUCCUGAGGGUACUGUACGCAAGGGUGAAACCUGUGUACCCAUUUCAGACUGUAAGGAUUGCGUUUGUGAUACCAUUGGCGCCAAGAAAUACUUUACCUACGAUCGCAAUUCCUUUACCUUUAAUGGCAAUUGUACUUAUUUGUUGUCGCGAGACAUUGUGCUGCCAGGAGUUCACACAUUCCAGGUCUACGUCACCAUGGAGGAUUGCCGCAAAAUGGGUAAACUCUCCGCUCCCGAACACUCCAGCUGUGCCAAAUCUCUUCACAUUCUUAAUGGUGAUCAUGUUAUACACAUCCAAAGAGAUCCCAAGAAAGCCAAAGCUUUGCAAGUUUUGGUCGAUGGUUUUCUGGUUAAGAAAUUACCCUACAAGGACACCUGGAUUAAUCUAAAAGAUGUGCCCGGCAAAGAGCUGGUGCUUAGCUUGACCGAAGCUCAUGUGGAGCUUAAAGCAUCUCUAGAAGAUCUUAUCUUUUCGCUUGGAGUGCCCAGUAUUAAGUACGGCAGUAAAAUGGAAGGACUUUGUGGCGAUUGUGAUGGCAAUCCUGACAAUGAUUUGUUGCCUAAUCCUGCUAAGAAGAAGGGUCGCAAACCCAGCAAAGAUUUGGUAGAUGUCAUCAAUUCCUGGAAGGCUGAAGAACCCAAGUUGGGACUUGAACUCGACGAGUGCUUGAGUGAGGUACAAGUAACUGAAGAGUGCUUGCCCUUGCCACCUGAGAAAGACCCCUGCAUGCUUAUGUUUGAUGAGUCCAUUUUUGGCAAAUGUAAUAUGAUAGUGGAUCCCUUGCCUUAUAUUUCCACCUGCCAGCAGGACUUGUGCAAACCGGGCAAUGACCAGAAGGGCUCAUGUGAAUCCUUGUCGGCCUAUGCCAAGGAAUGUGCCAAACAGGGCAUUUGCCUGGACUGGCGUAGUCCUGGUUUGUGUCCCUAUGAUUGUCCCGCCGAUAUGCAUUACGAAUCUUGUGGUUGCUCCAAAUCCUGUGAUUCCUUGCAGCAACUCAAUGAAUUCCAAGCGGUCAACAUCAAUACCAACACCAUGGUGAAUACAGUGACCAGCGAGGAGCUGUGUGCCCCUAGCGAACGUUAUGAAGGCUGUUUCUGUCCUCCCAACAAGGUAUUGGAAAACGGCAAAUGCAUUAGCGAGGAGAUGUGCGUUAAAUGUGAAGAUCCUGAUCACACGCCUGGCGAGAGAUGGAAAAAGGAUAAGUGCACCGAAUGCUUGUGUGACAAGCAAGGCAAGACUCAAUGCAUGGAACGCAAGUGUCUGGUGGAGGAGAACAUCUGUGCCGAAGGUUUUGUACAACAAAAGAAAUAUGAUCCAGAAGAUCAGUGUUGUCCUCGCUACACUUGUGUACAGGAACCGCCACAAGCGUUACGCAAGGAUUGCUUGGAACCUUUAAUGCCGAUUUGCGGACCGGGACAGUUUAAAAAGAUUAAGACUGGCUCGGAUGGUUGUCCACAAUACAUAUGCGAAUGCAAACCGAAAGAGGAGUGUGAGCCUUUAACACCACCUGUCGCUUUGAAACCCGGCGAAAAACUUGUCAAAGAAGAAGCCGGCUGCUGUCCUACUCAAAAAAUUGUCUGCGAUGAGAAAGAGUGCCCGGCCAAACCUGAGUUCUGUAUCGAAGAAUUCUAUGAGGUCUACACCAAACAAGAGCCCAACGAUUGCUGUCCAAUCUAUUACUGUGAUCCGCCCAAGCAAGUUUGCAUUGUACCCGGAGGACCCAAUGGAAAAUACACCAAAGCUAUUACCGAUACCUGGACAGAUCCCAAUGAUUCUUGCAAAAUUCUCCAAUGUACCUUUGGACCACAUGAUUCAGCUCAAGUGGUGACCAAUACUGUGACCUGUGAUACCAAGUGCGGCCCAGGCUUUGAGUAUAAACGCAAGGAUCUGUCCAAAUGCUGUGGCGAGUGUGUGCAGACUCAAUGUGUCUUGGAUGGCAAACUGUAUGAAGCCAAUGAACAAUGGCCAUCGGCGGUGGAUAAUUGUACCACCUUUGCUUGUGUAAAGAAGGGUGAGAGCCUCAUUGUCAGCUCAAUGAAAGAAACAUGUCCCGAUGUCAGUGAUUGUCCCGAGCAUUUGUUAAUGCCACAAGAGGAUAGCUGCUGCAAGUUGUGCAAAGAGGAGCCGCAUAAGGAGGACUUAACCAACUGCUUGCCAGUCUCUUUGGCUGAAACUGAAACUCGAAAUUUGGUAAAAGUUUUGAAACCGGGUCACGGUUUUUGCAUUAACGAGUCACCUAUACAAGGCUUUACAGAGUGCAUGGGCUCUUGUAAUUCUGGUUCAAAAUACAACAAGGAAACCUUUGGCCAGGACAAGAUCUGCCAGUGUUGCACCAUAAAAUCCUAUAAGAAAAUAUCUGUACAAUUAACCUGUGAAGAUGGCGUCAAGAUCUCCAAGGAAUUGGAAAUACCAGCAGCUUGUGGUUGCCAGCCUUGUUCGGAUUCUGCAGAAUAUCAAACUUCAGGCAAUGGAUUUGAUUUACGUGUACAACCAUUACCUCUGGCAAAGAUGAUCGAAAUGAAGAGGCGUUAAGAGAAAUUGCAUGAACAUCAAUUUCAAAAAAAAGAAAAAAAAAAAACACAAAAAACCUUAUCGAAAAUUCUUAAAUUUAGUUUGACUCGGGCUUUAGUUUAAGGAGUAAUUGUAAGUUAAAUAAGUACAAGAAUUUAAAAAACUCUUUAUAAGAAUUGGAAAAAUAAAACUAAUCACUUUAUAUUUCUUCCCACCCAAAUACGAGUAUUGUCUAUAGCGAAGAUUGAAAAUAUUAUAUUAAAUAAUUAAAAAGCGUUCAGAUAACAUUAUAUCGCUUUCCCAUAAUUUUAGUUUUGAGGCACGUUUAGAUUUAAGAAAUAUAUCUAAGUGUUAUAAAUAAGCUUACAAUGUUGCCUUGAAGCAAAAAAAAUAAUAAUAAAACGGAAUUGUAUUCAAAACCAA